AUGGCGUCUGUGUCGGGAGGCGAUCGUAAACGCGCUCCGUCCAAAGAGCCGGAGCUGUCUCUGUCCUGGUGUAUCUCAAAACUGCAGAGAAAGCCGCAGAAGGAGCUGGAGCGGCGGGCGCGGCAGGCGCAGUGGCGUGCCCUAGUGGCCAUCCGCACACAGCACAUCAAAGGACACAGGGGGUCUCUCUCCCGGUUCCGGAUGGAGGGUGGUCUGUCUUCGUUGCUGCUGCUGCUCAAACAGUCGGACUGCAGUUCCAAGACUCUGGACCUGGGACUGAGCAUCCUGGCCAACUGCUGCACGGAGAGAGAGUCCUGCGUCCAGGUUCGUAAGCUGGACGGCAUCAGAAUCAUUGUGGACAUCCUGAGAAGACAGGGGACGCUGCUGUCGGUGCAGAACAGAGCAGCUCGAGCUCUGGGAAACCUGGCCAUGGACCCACAAAACUCUGACCUUAUCCAUACGGCAGGAGCUGUUCCUUUGCUGCUCAGCUGCAUCUCUCAGGCUUUGUCUCCCCCGUCUUCUGGCUCCUCCCCCUCUGGCCACUCCGCCCUGGACACGCCUCCUCCCUCUGACAGUGCGCUCUCGUCCCCCGGUCUGCAGUGUGCGCAGUCGUGUAGCCGUGCGCUGCUGUACCUGUGUGACUCGGCCGCACACCGCCUCUCUCUCCUCUCCCUCGGCACUGUGUGUUCGCUCGCCCCGCUCCUGGCCCCGCCCCUCCCGCUGCCGCUGCGCAGGGCGGCGGUGCGCGCACUGCACGAGCUGACGCGCAGCUGCACGGCCGAAUGUGCGCGGCAGCUGGUGCGCUCCGGGGCCCUGGAGCAGCUGGGGGCGCUGGCCUGUGGGACAGGGGAGGAGGCCUGCGGAGGGGGGGAGGUGGCCUGUGGGACAGGGGAGGAGGCCUGCGGAGGAAGGGAGGAGCAGGAAGUGAGGGAGGCAGCUCUGAAGACACUGGCCAACCUAUGCGCACAGGGAUGUCUGCGCCCCCUGGUGGGAUCCCUGGGCGUCAUCCGCAGGUUCUGUGAGGAGGUGAAGCAGGACCUCCUGAAGUCCUCCCUGUUCCUCAGAGCUCUGUGUCUUUGCUGCAAAGAAGCUGUGAACAGAGUCAAAGUGAAGGAGUGUGGAGGACUGGAACUGCUCACAUGGUUCCUCUCUGAGCACCAGGACCAUCAACUGACCAGACUGGCCAUCUCCGCCUGCGUGGACUUUGUGUUUGACGAGGUUGCCAUGGAGACGCUACAGGAGGCAGGGCUUGUGCAGGUGCUGGUGCAGCGGCUGGUGCGUGCAUGUAAAGACCGGAGCAUCACCCCCCCUGCAGACACGGCGCGGGACUGCAGCACCUCAUUUGACUUCCCUGCACCCGAAGAGAAGAAGGGGGCGCUCUGCUCCUCCAGCUUUCUCAGCCUCAGGUCCUGGCUGCUGUCUGAAGGCCUCAUCUCGUCUGAGGGAGAUUUGCUGGAAUCUUCCUCCACCACUGAGACGGACUGGAGCACACUGCAGCUGCCCACUCCUCCAGCCAACAACACUGCUGCUGCUGCUACCACUGCUACCACUCUUAUCACUACUACUGCUGCUACUACCUCCUCUGCUGCUACCUCAGCCACGGGUUCGUCGAGUCCCAUACCUGUUCCUCCUUCUCCUCUCUCCUCCUCCACUCCCAAAGCCGCCUCCUCCUCUGCUCCUCCUGCUGCCAAGUCCCCUGUGUCUCCAUCUAAGUUCAGGCUGUGCUCUCCACAGCGGCGUGGGUCACGAGAGCGCCCUCCGCUGCUCAGACUGAGCAUCCAGACACCUCCUUCAGCUUCGGCCUCUCGUCCGCCUCCCUACCACCCGUACCACCCUGAGCCCUGGACCGCAGAGUCUCCCAUCCUGCUGCUGCUGUCACGUUUCUCCCAUGUCCCGGACCCCGCAGCCGCCUUGGGGAGUGCCGCUGUGCUGUGGGGGCUUCUGACCUACGUGAGUGAGCACCCCGACCCCAGCGCACGCUGCUUCAGGCUCCUGCUACGCCUCAGCCUCAACCCCAACUGUCUGCACGCUUUGGUGCGCAGCGGAGCAGCCGCCAUGGUGCAGCUGCGGCUGUGCAGAGGGGAGAGAGAGGAGCCAACGCAGAGACCGAGAGAGGGGGAGGAGCCAACGCAGAGACCGAGAGAGGGGGAGGAGCCAACGCAGAGACCGAGAGAGGGGGAGGAGCCAACGCAGAGACCGAGAGAGGGGGAGGAGCCAACGCAGAGACCGAGAGAGGGGGAGGAGCCAAAGCAGAGGCCGAGAGAGGGGGAUGAGCCAACGCAGAGACCGAGAGAGGGGGAUGAGCCAACGCAGUGUCCGAGAGAGGGGGAGGAGCCAACGCAGAGACCGAGAGAGGGGGAGGAGCCAACGCAGAGACCGAGAGAGGGGGAGGAGCCAACGCAGAGACCGAGAGAGGGGGAGGAGCCAACGCAGAGACCGAGAGAGGGGGAGGAGCCAUUGCAGCGUCCGAGAGAGGGGGAGGAUCCAACGCAGAGCCCACACAUCAGGGCCAAAGUGCGGCAGCUCGGUCUCACUCUGCUCAGUAACCUACAGCUUCAAUGUGAGGGGACGUUUGGAGCCGGAGUCCUGUCUCACCUGCUGCUGUCUGGACCAGAGAGCGACCGGCUCAACAGUGCCCUCUGCCUGCCUUUGCUCACCAGUAAUAAGAGUCUGUUGAAGAAGCUCUUGUUAGAUGGUGGUGGUCUGCUCUUGGCUCUUCAGCCUCUAGGGGGCGACACAGACUGGGACCAGCCCCCUCCCCCCUCCCCUCAGUGCCCUUUGCGUGCGCUUUACCUCCCCCUGCUGGCUACCUGCCUCAGUGCACUCACUGCGCUCUCUGCAGCCCGCAUAUGCCCUGAUGCCCCGCCGUCUCCGGACGCUAAGAAGCCCCGCCCCCUGCCCUGUUGUUACGAGGACUGCAUGCAUGACGUCACGUUCCUAUUGGACAACGGCGAGACUUUGUCGGCCAAUCGCGUUGCAGUAUCCGGGGAGCAGAGCCAGUAUUUCCGUGCGCUCCUGAGCGGCACGUUCAGAGAAGCUAACGCAGACGUUGUCCGCAUCAGAGACGUGACCGCCGCCGAGCUCCUCCCGGUCCUGCACCAGCUCCACGGCUGCCGCCUCAGCUCACACUACUGUGCUCUGCAUCUGACCACAGAGGAAGAAGCUCGCUUCCUGCACUCGCGUCUGUGCGCCGCCAUGACGGGCGCCUGCCGCUUCCUUGCCGACGGCCUGCGCUUUGAUCUGGAGCAGCUCUGUGUCGCUCGCUUGGAGGCGCUGACGCAGAGAGAGGUUUCGGACUGCGUGAGGAGCACAGGCGUCUGUCUGAACUCUAAGACCCGCAAGAGAAAGUGUGCGGGCGCAGCGCUGCACUGUGGCGACGGCAGGCUGUGGCCGCAGCUGCCUCAGAUAUACUGCUUCUCUCAGAGGUUACAGAAGGAUUAA